AUGGCGCUGCUCCUAAGGUCAGUACAUCUGUGUUUACAGUUCGGGGCUACAUGGAGCUUUUUCUAUCAUUGUCUUGAAGUAUCAUGUCUAAUAAGAUCCUCCGUUUGAUAAAAACGUUAAAGCUAAAGACAACCCGCGCUAGAGUGAAGGUUUAAAUCGUUUAUUUACUGGCGUUUUAUGUAAACACGCUGCGACACUGAGCUAGCGGGCUAAUGCUAACUGGUUAACGGGUGAAGGAAAGGUAACAGAGGGUGGACUUUGGCUCAUAAAUACUGGUCUUUAAAGGUUUUUGAGACGCUUUUGAAUCUUUUUCUGACUUCUAAUGUGACCGUGUGUUAUAAAAGUUGAGUUAUCUUCAGUUGUUAAUGCAAUGCUUGCUCUCGUUUGUUUAUAGUAAAUUAAAAGUGUGAUUAAAUCAGAGGUGAACCACUGGUCUAGGUAUCAUUCACAACAUGAGAAACAUGAGAGAUUGUUACUGAUUUGCUUUCUUUUGUAUUUGUUUGUCAUUUCACUUCAUUUUAUCAGUGCAGAAUCAAAUACCAGUGUUUUUCUCAUGUAGUAGUUAAAAGCUGAUUUAUUUAUAGUAAAAAAAAAACAAACUGUCAGAUGUCAGACUUUUUUUAAAGAUAUUUUUGUUGCGUUUUUUUCAUCAGACAGCUGUCGUGAGUAAAGAAAUCGGAGGAGUAGAACGAAAAACAUAAACCUGCUGUAAUGAGUUGUGGGAGGAAAUCAAACCAGUGACCACUCUGAAAGCGCGGCUAGGCAAAACCUCUGCUCUUGUGUACAACAUUUCUCAUGUGCUUGUUCCACUUUUGUUUUCUCCACUGCUCACCUUUUUCUCGGUGCCUGUUUCUAAUCCCUUUUCUUUCUCGCUCUUUAGGACGUUGGCCCGUCAGGGUGUUUGUAUCUCUAGACCAGCCUACAGUAGUGUCCUCUACAGACAGUGAGUUGUCUCACAUCGGUGAUACUUACACCUGUUUACUGAAAGCUUUUCUCGCAGCUCUAACUCAACUCUCCUCUCUGCUGCAGUGCUGCUCCGAUGGGGACCACAGCUAAGGAGGAGAUGAACAAGUUUUGGUCCAAAAAUGCCAGACUAAACAGACCAAUGUCUCCUCAUCUCACUAUUUACAAGUAUGUCCUCUUCUUCAGCACUUGAGUUUGCACUGUAUUAAACAUAUAAAUAUAACUAUUCAUUGGUAUGUGGAGUCUGCUGGCUUCUGUGACAAUAACUAAGUUCAUUAUGUUGCACCGCCUGUGACUCACACAGCUGAAUGAACCCUGCAGGUGUAACCAUUUCCAGGAAACACUCGGCUGCACAAUUGCUCCUCAAAUGGUCCGUACAAGUAGACAUGGUGUCAACCGGCCCUGUAACUGUGAUCGACCGUAAACAGGAAAGGACUUGAUACAAAAGCUGUCUCGUGUCACUGUAAGCCUUCCUCUAAAACAGCUGAAACGCUCUGCAACAGUAGCAGCAUCCACAGUCAUCAGGUCUUUAUACCAGUGAGAAGUGUUAAGAGAAUGAUAACAGUGUGCUGUGCAGCUCCAGUGAAGAGGACGAGGGUAUUAAGACGGAUCAUACCCUUUGGUUGUGUUUUAAGAUGAGAUACCAGUGAGAUAAGACACAAAAGGUUGUGCAACAACAACCAUAAAACACACGAGUCCAGAUAAAAUAUUUGAGUGGUAUAACAGACUCUGAGCUCACAGAAGUCUGGUUUAACUGGUUGAGCUCAGAUCUGUGGCUCUUACAGGCUUCAUAGAUAGACCCCAGUCCUUUUUAAAGAUUUAAUUUACUGAACCCUUUUUUUUUUUUUUGUAAAUCAGCAGGAUGGACCAGCAUUGUGACAGAUUUUCAUGCAAGGCAGUUAUUGGAGCCCUAAAACCUGCUUUAAAGUCGAUAUAUUAAUUCAGUAUGUGCCUCAUAAUUUCUCAUCAGGUUUCCUUCUUCUGUCAUUUGCUUUGUGACUCUGAACCUCUUUGAUGUAGUGUGCAGCCCGAGGCUGAAAGCAGAGCAAUAUUAUAAUAUAUUUGUGUCUGAACCUGAAACACAACGGCCUCAAACAUCGAGUAGAAACGACUUUGCUUGAUGCGCUUCCGUUUGAUUUGAAAUCUGUUUUCGUAUCAUUUCGUUGAAUGUGUGUAUUUGUGUGUUUGUAGAUGGUCUGUCCCCAUGAUGAUGUCCGUCACACACAGAGGGACAGGAGUCGGGCUCAGCGGAGGUAAAAGCUCAUUUGGUUUUCUAAUGAAUAAAGCUGUCAGUUUUCUCCUUUUUAAUCGCCAAAUUAUAUCAUAAAGGUGAACCAAAUGAUAAUGAUGCGUGGCCGAGUCUCCUCUGUUAUUAUUCUUACAAUAAAGCCGAGCUAUCCCGCUGCCGCUGACAGCAUUUGAUUGACCCUGAAAAUCUCUUCAGGGCAUUUUAAUCCAUGAGUAUCGAUCGCUGCUAAGAGCAUUUACUGGCAUUACAAAACCAAAGUUGUUCAAUAGAAUUCAAACCCUCUGCCUGGGAAAAACCAAACCCUAACGCCGGGCUGCUCACAGCUCGGACUCAUUUACCUCAUGUUACACUGUACAUUAGCUCUGUUGACCUUGAAGCGCUGCGUUAAAAUCGCGGGGGUCAGGUUUGUUUGUAUGUUAAUGGGUUCAAUAAAGGUCAACACCUUUCUCCAUCUCUCCAUCAACCUUCUGGCUCGACCAAAAUGAGCUCCUGCUGAGAGUAAAUCUUACAACACAUCGAUUGAUCAAAUUCUGAUUGUAAUUUUUACAUGUCCUGCUGCUCCUUUCAGUAGGAUUUAGCAUAUGUAAUUAAGAGUUGGGUGUGGUUUAAUGUCUGGUUUAAAAGGUUAUCCAUUCACAUGUGUGGUGGAUAUUAUUUCUUGCUUGUUUUCAUGCAACUCUGCCUUUUGUGUUUACAUCGAUCCACACUUUCUGUGCAUUUCCACAAGGAAAUAAAGUUGGGUUUCUUCGACCAUUAAGCCUUUUAAUCAUCCAGACAGGGCAGAAAUAGACGCUAGACAGGACCAUUGAGUGCAACUCAUUGUAAAAGGCAGACCAGUGGCGAGUUUGCUUGAUAUACAGACCCAUUGUUGUUGCCUUCAUUUCCCAGACAGCGGUGAAAACCGUCUGCUUAGGUUUGAGACUCUCAGCGAAAGCAAAACAACUGCUGAGUGGAGGUGUGGUGACUCAUGGGGACGGAGACCGAGGAAGGCAGAUUCUUGAAAGACUAAAUUUGUCACUUAUUAGUGAUUCACUCUACACGGGCAUGCAUUUACAAAGCAGGCAUCUCUGGUCUCAUUACUUCUGUCUGUGUUUAGCUAUCUCUGCCUUCGCCCUGGCGGCGCUGGUAUUACCAGGAAGUUACCCAUACUACCUGGACUUGAUUCACUCGCUGUCCAUCGGUCCCUUUCUCAUCGGGUUGGCCAAGUUCGGCAUUGCCUUCCCUGUAUCGUACCACACCUAUAACGGCAUCCGCCACUUGGUAAGACUGAUUUUUGAACUGUGUUUGUCUGUUUUCUCAUCUGUCAUCGUUUUGUAUUUUGUUUGUUUAGACUCAUUUCUUUGAAUAGAAACAACCUCAUUUGACAGACGCUGUGUCAAAGGUGGAAAAAAAGGCAUUUAAACCUCAAAUUUGAUUAAAAAUGGUGCAAAGACGAUGUAUCUGAUGUUGAAACUAAAGGAUUGUGUUGUUUUAUGAAAAUUAAAUGAUAAUUUUAAUAAUGCAACGAACUUUGGGGUUUUAUCACCGACAGUCGGACUGGACGAUUCGGCAAAAAAAAAGAUCAGGAUAUAUUUUGUCUUGUUGUCUAAUCUUGAUUAUUAUCAUGAUUUUUUUUUAAACUGUCAGUUUUAAAGCAUCUGUACUAAAAACUAAAGAAACAAGAGAUUAGUUCAACAUUUUAUUAACAUAUUUUUAAGGAGGAAUGAAGACGUCUUAAAGUGUAAACGUUAGAAGAUGUAAAUGUUCGGGCUGGGACGAUAUGCUUUUCUCCCGAUUGAAUUCUUGUACGAUUUUUUUUGACGCAGAUUCGAUUUAAAUCGCGAUUCUAUGAUAUUGUCGAUUUUGUCCAUAUUUAGUCUGCAUUCUUAACACCAGUGAAACAGUUGAAUGAUUAUGAUUGUUCACUGACUCCUCCAGGAACCAUAUUUCCCCCAAAAAUACACAUCACAUGUAAAUCAGUUUUUAAGAUUUAUUCUUACAUUUAAAAAACUAAAAAUCGCAAUACUUCCGAGAAUCAAUUUUUUCUCCCACCCCUAGUAGAUGUAGAUGAUAUGGUUGAUUGCUGCUUUUGGUCUGGUGGCUCCACCGCUAGUUGUGGCGAAACUGCUAAUGCUAAUAGUGCCGUCAGCAGUGGCAGGCUGUGCAGACUUCACGCUUUCCGCAUAAUCAGAUGAUUAAACAGAUCUGUUGUGUUUCCAGUUUUGGAGGGCACUGACCAUUGACAUACCUUACACAUCAGCUGAAUUGCUUGACGUCACUUUGGAGAUACCCGAACCACUGCCACAAAACCUAACCUAAGGACUUACAAUCAUGAAAACGUUCAGAAAAUAUGGAGAAAACUUUGUACAAAAGGGACAAAGACCAAAGACUGAGACUGGAAGAUAAUGAUCUUCAGGUCCUCAGGCAGCUCUGCAUAAAAAACAGACAGGACUCUGUUGUGGAAGUCACCGCAUGGGAUCGAAAUAACAUCCAAAAACUAUUAUUAGUGAUCAAAGAUUUCCCCAUAUCCAUAAAUGAAGGUUAAAAGUAUGUAAUGCGUGAUGAAGGAAGGUGAAACAUCUAGUUUGGCUUUGUUGGAGCAGCACAUGGAAGAAAGACCAGCACAUGACUCAGGAGUCGAAGAGUCCAGGUGCUAAACUGACUCGUCCAUUUAAGACACAUUUGGAACAGGAAGUACGAUAAUAGAGACCCAGAUCUUGAAGUGUGUUUCUGUCACCGAAGUCCGGAUGAAUACGUGGGAGAGUAUUUCCAGCUUCAUCCUCAGAUUCGUCGUCUUUGUGCUUAUUUUUCUAACUCUUAAUGAUUUUUCCAAACCGUCGAAAUCUGUUUUGAACAUUUUUACACAGCGUCCCGACUAUUUAGUAAUUUAGAUUGUACAAACGCUGACAGUGUUUUUCUUCUCCUCCUCAUAACAGAAUAACUUUAAAUCAUUUUGUAUUUUCUUGCCUUGAGCGUAUUCGCUGUUUUGUCUGAACUCGUCGCCUUUAAUGGAAACAGCUGUCUGUCCAAUUAGGUUGUUUUUGAAGUCUUGUUCAUUUCGCUCAUUUCAUUAGAAUAUAUUUUGCGAGAGCUGCAUGCUGACGGUGAUCCUCGUGUUAACAUUUCUUCUUCUUCUUCUUCUUCUCUUUUUCUUAUUAUUCAAAUCAGUGGUGGGACAUCGGAAAAGGCUUCAAGAUCCCAGAGGUCUACCGCACCGGCUACACCGUCAUCAUCCUGUCCGUCCUCACCUCCAUAGGCGUGGCUUUCCUCUGA